AAGGGUAUACCGUAUAUCCGAAACCGAUAGCUUGAAUGAGUUUGGAGUUGAGUGUGGACAAGUUCCGCCCCAACACAACACACACUACACUGUCAUUCUUCUUCCUCUUCUCCUUUCGUUAAGCAAAACAAAGCAUAGAUAUUACUAUCAGAUAGCUUUAGCUUCCAUCCACCCAAUAACAAUGGCACAUACGUCCCUUUUCGCUCCCCCUUCCUCUCUUAAAUUCAACUAUCUUCCUCUUUCUUCUACCCCAUCUUCUUCUUCUCACUCCCACAACAUUUCUCUUCCCUCCCUCUCCAGGAAACUUAGGAAAUCGGUAGAAAAUAGAAAGAUUACUCAAAAAUCUCCUGUGAAGGCAGUGUAUGGUGGUGAAUUUUUGACACCUGAGGGGAGUUCACUUCAGGGUAUUUGGUCCAUAAGGAAUGAUUUGCAGGUUCCAUCUUCCCCCUAUUUCCCUGCCUAUGCACAAGGACAAGGGCCACCCCCCAUGGUGCAGGAGCGUUUCCAGAGUGUUAUAAGUCAACUUUUCCAAUAUAGAAUAAUCCGCUGUGGUGGAGCAGUUGAUGAUGAUAUGGCUAACAUCAUUGUUGCUCAGCUUCUGUACCUCGAUGCUGUUGAUCCUAACAAGGAUAUUGUCAUGUAUGUGAAUUCUCCAGGAGGGUCAGUAACAGCUGGUAUGGCAAUAUUUGAUACAAUGCGUCAUAUUCGACCUGAUGUAUCCACUGUUUGUGUUGGAUUAGCAGCUAGUAUGGGAGCUUUUCUGCUUAGUGCAGGGACCAAAGGAAAGAGAUACAGCUUGCCAAAUUCAAGGAUAAUGAUUCAUCAACCGCUUGGUGGUGCUCAAGGAGCGCAAAGUGACAUAGAUAUUCAGGCUAAUGAAAUGCUGCAUCAUAAGGCAAAUCUGAAUGGAUAUCUCGCCUAUCACACUGGCCAAAGUUUAGAGAGGAUUAACCAGGAUACAGACCGGGACUUUUUCAUGAGUGCAAAAGAAGCCAAAGAAUAUGGACUCAUAGAUGGUGUUAUUAUGAAUCCUCUCAAAGCUCUCACGCCAUUAGAAGCUGCAGCAGAGGGUAAAGAUCGAGCUACUAUUUGAACUACUGACUGUUGCACUUCAAUUUAAAAAAACAGUGUUAAACUGUAAUGAUGUUUUUGAUUGCUGAGUUCAACUGAUCUUUCUUCUUACGGAUUUUGAUAUCUUUGUAACCCUGCCAAAAAAUGAGGUGAAAUUGAUACUUUAUAUUUGUUGUUUUAGAGU